AUGAUGGCCAGACAGAAAGGACAAUCUAUGUCAGAGCUAAAACUCCGACGAUUAUUGGAGUUCAACCAGAGACUGCGUGAAGAUUUGGAUAGACCCCGUGUGAGAGUAAGCGAGGCUAGUCAAAACCUAAUAAGAUACUGUAAAAGCACAAGGGAUUACCUCGUACCAUCGGUCUGGGGACCAGUUGACAAGCGAGACGAUCCAUAUGCACCGUCUGGUGGCAAAUGCACUUGCAGCAUCAUGUAA